AGCUAGUAGUAGUAGGUCGUAUUGUUAGUAGCUAGUAGCUGGGGCUGGGGUAGCAGCAGCUAGCAUCUCAUCUCGGUGGUUCUCAGUGUCGUAGUGUUGUCAGUCAUCAUCCGACAUCACUACCAUCGUCAUCACCGCCCCCCAGCCCCAGCAGGUCAGGUCACAGGUCUGGCUCUGUCAGAUCUGUGUGGUGUGCGUGCGUGGCACACAACAGGCGUUCUUAACGUGACACACACACACACACACACACACACACACAGGUGCCCCUGGGUGUGGGCGCGGGGGGCGGGGACGCGUGCCGCCGCCGCCGCCGCCACGGGCCCCGCGCCGCGGCCUGCCAGUCGCCAGGCGGAAUUGGAGGGGUAUACACGCGCGCCGCUCACUUCGCCACACACUGCUGACGGUGCCUGCGUGGCCCUGCUGACGGCCGUUCCCGUGUGUGUGUGUGUGUGUGUGCGUGCCUGCCGUGCCUGCUGCCGUGUGUGUGAGGCCGCCACGUGCUUGCGGUGCCCGCGGUGCCCACGGUGCCUGCCGUGUCCAAGGGAGAGUGUCGGGGCGGGGCGCGGCGCCCCUGCUGCAGCGCCGCCCGCGGGGCCGCCGCCCGUGCGAUGCGCUGCCUGGCGGAGGGGCGGGCGUGGGGGGCGAGGCGCGGCUGCUGCCCGUGAGUGCCUGGCGCGGCGGCGUACUGGCGGCGGUGAGGGCGGCGGCGGCGGCGGCCCAUGUCCCUCACGGCGCAGGAGGUGGUGGAGCGCGCGGGCGUGGAGCUGUCCAAGUGCAUCACGGGGCUGGGGCUCCGCUCCCGCAGCAGGGACAGGGAGCUACAGGGCGGCGGCGGCGGAGGCGGUGAAGGUAGCGGCAGGAUGGGGUCAGUGCGGCGGGGGGGCGGGGGCGUGAUGGAGAAGGUGGCCAACGUUCUGUGCGGCAACAGUGUGGCGGCGGCGGGCCUGGCCAACGGCAAGGCCAGGCUGGACAAGCCCCUGCCGCCCGACAAGCCCACGCGCUUCUUGCUGGGCAAGGCGCGCAACGGCGGACCCGCGGCGGCGGGGGCGGGGCCCCCGGGGGCCGCCUCCGGCACCAGUGGCGCCCUGGCACCCCUCAACGGCCACCAGGGCGGGUCGCCGCGGCCGCUGCGCGCCGCGCCGCGCUCUCCGGCGCACCUGGUGCCGCGGCACCGCUACCUGUCCUGGGAGGAGCUGGUGCGGGACGAGGCCUUCCUGGCCAGGUUCUUCCUCUACUUCUCGCCCCUGGAGCGCCGAGUGCUGGCGCAGGUGAGCGCGCGGUGGCGCGGCGUGCUGUACCAGCCUCGGUUCUGGCACGGCCUGCGCCCGGUGCUGCACUGCCGCGAGCUGCGCAGCGCCACGGUGGAGGCCACCACGGACAUGCGGCGCCGCUUCUACGUGUCGGUGCAGCAGCGGGGGUUCGACUCCCUGGUGCUGCUGUGCGCCAACGACGAGGACCUCAUGGACCUCGUGGCCAAUUACGCCGUGAACCACACCAAGGCGCUGCGCUCCGUGGCGCUGCGCUGCUCCAACGUGUCCGACAAGGGCCUGGAGACGCUGCUGGACCACCUGAACGGCGUGUACCAGCUGGAGCUCCAGGGCUGCAACGACGUGACGGAGGCGGGGCUGUGGGCCUGCCUCAACCCCCGCAUCGUGUCGCUCUCCGUGGCGGACUGCAUCAACGUGGCCGACGAGGCGGUGGGGGCCAUCGCCCAGCUGCUGCCGUCCCUCUACGAGCUCAACCUGCAGGCCUACCACGUCACCGACGCCGCCCUCGCCUUCUUCAGCCCCAGGCAGACCUCCACGCUCAGCAUCCUCAGACUACACUCCUGCUGGGAGCUCACCAACCACGCCAUCAUCAACAUCGUGCACUCCUUGCCGAACCUGACCGUGCUGAGCCUGAGCGGAUGCAGCAAGAUAACAGACGACGGAGUGGAACUUAUAGCCGAGAACCUCCGCCGCCUCCGCUCGCUGGACCUGUCUUGGUGCCCGAGGAUUACGGACGCCGCGCUGGAGUACAUCGCCUGCGACCUCAACCAGCUGGAGGAGUUGACGCUGGACAGAUGUGUGCACGUGACGGACAUCGGCGUGGGCUACGUGUCAACCAUGCUGUCCCUGUCCGCGCUGUUCCUGCGGUGGUGUUCCCAGGUGAGGGACUUCGGCGUGCAGCACCUCUGCUCCAUGAGGAACAUACAGGUGCUCUCUCUGGCAGGCUGCUCGCUGGUGACGUCGGCGGGAUUAUCGUCAUUGGUCCAACUGCGCCACCUACAGGAGCUUGAACUAACCAACUGCCCCGGCGCAACCCCUGAGCUCUACCACCACCUGCACCUCCACCUUCCCAAGUGCCUCAUCAUCGAGUAGCCACCACCACCACCACCACCACUAGACACCACCACAACCUUCAUCACCACCACCGCCAGAUACCGCCCCCACCGCCACGGAGCUGAUCUGAGAAGCGACGGUUUUGUUUUGUUUGGGUUCCCCUUGAAAUUUCGUGUGAGUCGUACAUAGAAAGUGGGUUAGUGAUUUUUGUGUUUUUUUUUUUUCAUUUCGCGUUUUUGUUGUUUUUUUCCUGUUUCGUGUUUGUUUUUCUUCUGUUUUCUUUAUUUUCGCCUGACUGUUUGUUUUCUUUCAUUUUUUCUUCGCUUUUGUAUCUUUUUCUUUGUUUUUUCUUGUUUUCUUAUCUUUUUUCCUUCUUUUUUUGCUUUUCUGAUGUUUCCUCUCUCUCUCUCUCUCUCUCUCUCUCUCUCUCUCUCUCUCUCUCUCUCUCUCUCUCUCUCUCUCUCUCUCUCUCUCUUACUUUCAUAUAUAUCUUUUAAUUUUUCCAUCCUUCCCUCCGUCUCUUCCUCCUCCUCCUCCUCCUCCUCCUCCCUGUACUGUGUUUGGUAAUAUAUAUAAAAACGGGUCUAGAUGUAUUGUUAUAGAGAGAGGUCAAAGUCACGUCCCAUUCCUGUCCUAUUCUGGAAGUGACGAAGAGAGAGAGAGAGGGAGAGAGAGGAAAAGGAAGUGUUGAAGGCCAAAUCGUACGCACGGUCUCUCCUAUUUGUACGCACUGACUGAUUUUUGGCAGUGGAGGGCAGGAAACACACACACACACACACACACACACACACACACACACACACACACACACACACACACACACACACACACACACACACA